CAAGGUAAUUUCCCACUGCAGGAAGCUGAGCGAGAGGUAGAGGAAAUGUACUGUUCAGAAACUUUAAAAAGACACACUCCCUACAUUUAAGUGCUUAAAUAACUGUGCAACUUUUCUGAGGGUUUAGUUUCAUGACUGACAAAGUAAGGGGAAGAGCAUGGAGACCUUGCUUUUUCUAUUUCCUCACUUCAACUUUUCAGCCCCUGAGAAGGAAGCAUAUUUCAACAUGUUCGACCCAGGAGAUGACAAUGCCCUAACGAGGGAUGGAAAUUCAAGAUUCAGAGACAAAGAUCGGAAGAGCAGAUUGAGUCUUCUUCUUUCCAAAUCCGGCUCUCAUGAAAAUGUAAGCCCUGAGAAGAAGGCAACCACAACGGUUAACAGCACAUCACCAGCCACUGCUUUAAGAUGGAGUGAUUCCUUUGAAGAACUGCUGAAUGAUUCGGAUGGUGUAAAGACUUUCACACAGUUCCUUCGCACCGAGUUUAGUGAGGAGAACAUUGAGUUCUGGUUAGCCUGUGAGGACUACAAGACAACCGAAUCAAACACCAAACUGCCCUCCAAAGCCAAGCAGAUCUAUGCUGUAUACAUAGAAAAUGACUCUCCGAAGGAGAUUAACAUCGACCACUCGACCAGAGUUGCCAUCCAGAAGAUCAUUGCUCAACCCACCACCACCUGUUUCGACGUGGCACAGGGCACAAUCUAUGCCCUCAUGAAGAAAGACUGCUAUCCACGCUUCCUCAAAUCAGACAUCUACCUGAGCCUGACCAGGAGAAAAGCCCCAGGUGCUAUGACAAGGAGGCGGUCCCGGUCUUUUGUUUUCAACGAACGAGGCGAGCCUGCAUUUGGCUCAGACUCAAGGCUAUAGCGAUUCAACUUGUAUCUUAGAUGUUGAGUAUGUCAAUACAAUGAAUUACCUUUUCUAGCACUGUACCUGAAAACUAACAUGAUACAUUAAUCUAAUUUUAAUAAUGUGUCUUGGUUGAUAAAUUAGGUUAUUUAAUGUUGUAGUUUUUGCAAUCUUAAUCUAUUGUUUUACUUGUAAAGUGUACAUACGAUUUUGCUACAGUUAGAUAUGUAAGUAAGUGUCCAUAUAGUAUAUUCAUAUAUGAUGUACAUGAGCCCAGCUUUGUGAAAUAACAGGGCCAUGCACAUGGACGUACUGCUUGGAUGUCCUGGAAUUUGUUUUUUGCAAAUAUAUAUUUUCAGUCUUG